UUGACUCGGCCUUUUAAAAUAUGCCCAGAUUUGAUAGUUUUUAGCUCAAUUCAUAAUCUCUAUCUCUGUCUGAACCAAAAAAAUGGAGAUUUUAAUUCUUUUAUCAACUUUUUUGUUGCUAUUCAGCUCUUCUUCGUGUUCCGACACUAACGAGAUUCUUGGAGAAUCUUCAGACGAUAUUAAAGCUAACCUGACGAAUGAUUACAAAAUCAAUUUCAAGAAUCUAAUGGAUUCACUAGCAACAAAUGCCCCUUCCAACAAUGGAUUCUACAAAGCCGAAUUCAGAAAAAAUUCCGACAAAAUUUACGGUCUUACACAAUGUAGAGCCGAUCUUUCUUCAGCAAACUGCGCGGCUUGCAUCAAGAACGCUACCGUAGACCGCGGCUACUAUACAGAUAGGAAGAGUGUAUCGAAAUGGUACAAAUGGUGCCAUCUUCGAUACUCAAACGAAAGAUUUUUCGGGAAAUAUAUUCCAUCUGCACAGGUGAUAGCCAACCGCACAAAUCUCGAAGAUUAUCGCUCACAUUCUAGUCCUCUGAAAUUUAUGAAUGAUAUUGUUUCGACAGCUCCGGAGCAGCAAUUUAUGUUUCAGACUCAGGUUUUGGAUGUCGGAAAGUACGGAAAGAGGUACGGAUUGGCUCAGUGCACUCGAGAUUUAAGCAAAAAAGACUGUGGAAAAUGCUUUGAUAAUAAGUUGGAGUUGGUGAGUUCUGUAGAAGCGAUUGAUAAUCUUAAAGAAUGGCAGGCUUUUGGAUAUGGUUGUAUUGUGUGGUAUGGUGAUUCUCAAUUCUAUUUCAACUACACAAUAUUGCCUACGCAUAACGGUGGCGCAGCUGUCAAUUUGUCACAUGAACGGUUUUCAAUCGGCAUGAUUGUUUCGGUGCUAAUGUUCGUGUUAGUUUUCUAGUCAUUUGAUGCGGGCGUGGAUGUGAAUUUAGAAUUUUUGAAAAAAAACAGAGUUUGCGGAUCUGGAAUUAUGAAAAAAAUGAAUCGGAAAUUUGGAUAGUGACA